GCGCAGCCGCCGCACCCGAUCUCCAAAGAAGACAGCACCGCCGCUCGCCCAAACCCCACAGCUCCGAUGGCCCGCACGAAGCAGACUGCCCGCAAGUCCACCGGCGGCAAGGCGCCGCGGAAGCAGCUGGCGACCAAGGCGGCGCGCAAGUCCGCCCCGGCCACCGGCGGCGUCAAGAAGCCCCACCGCUUCAGGCCGGGAACCGUCGCGCUCCGGGAGAUCCGCAAGUACCAGAAGAGCACGGAGCUGCUCAUCCGCAAGCUCCCCUUCCAGCGCCUGGUGCGGGAGAUCGCGCAGGACUUCAAGACCGACCUCCGCUUCCAGUCCUCCGCCGUCUCCGCGCUCCAGGAGGCCGCCGAGGCCUACCUCGUCGGGCUCUUCGAGGACACCAACCUGUGCGCCAUCCACGCCAAGCGCGUCACCAUCAUGCCCAAGGACAUCCAGCUCGCACGCCGCAUCCGCGGGGAGCGCGCCUAGGCUGUUCGUCCGGUUGCCACCGCCGGUUCAUAUCCUGGUUGAUCCUGAUUGGAUUCGAUCCGUCAUGUUACUACUAGGUUCUAGUUGAUGUCAUGGUCGUUUUCUGUUGAUUACCUGUUCGAAAAUUGCAAUGGAAUCUGUCUAUUUUGUCCCAA